AAUUUUCAGUCGAGCGCUGAUACCGAACUGGGAAGGUCGGUCUAGGCAGAGAUUCUCUACUCGUCUCGCGGGCUUCUUACACAACACUUAAGCGCAGAGCAAAGAAUAGAAAAAAUAUUGUGGCGGUGGAAAAUAAUUUGAAAAAUAACUACACAAAAGGAUAUUGAAAAGUAUUUAAAAGAAAGUAAAACAUCGAGUAAAACCGCUACUUAUAAGCGGGUACAGUUUAUAGAACAGAAAAAAGUGUAAAUUAACGUUAAUUAUACAUAUACGUCCAACAAAGGCGGAACUAAAAACGCGCACGGGGGUACUUUGUAACCCCUGAAAAAUAACUAUAAUAUCGAAUUAAAAGAGGAAGAAUUAUUGUGUAAUACCAUCCCGAGUGCUGCUGCUGCAGUAAGAUCUUCCGCCUAUAAUUUUUCAAUAAAUUAUAAACCGCAACAUGAGUAACGAUGAGCAUGGGAGGGCAGACUCUUAUCGUUUCGCAACGGUUAUACCAACCGAUGACGAUAAUCGUACAGCCGAUGGUCACUUUAAGUCUAAACGCAGAAUGCCACCAAAACCGGCUAAGAAGGAAAAUCUUGAAGAUCUCAAACAGGAGUUAGAUAUCGAUUUUCAUAAAAUCUCUCCUGAGGAGUUAUAUCAGCGCUUUCAGACGCAUCCAGAGAAUGGUCUGAGUCACGCCAAGGCUAAGGAGAAUCUGGAGCGAGAUGGUCCUAAUGCGCUCACACCACCCAAACAAACACCCGAAUGGGUGAAAUUCUGCAAGAAUUUAUUCGGCGGUUUCGCCAUGUUGCUGUGGAUCGGUGCUAUACUCUGCUUCGUGGCCUAUUCCAUUCAGGCCAGUACCAGCGAGGAGCCUUCGGACGACAACUUGUAUUUGGGUAUCGUACUUUCGGCUGUAGUUAUAGUUACUGGCAUAUUCUCAUAUUAUCAGGAAUCGAAAAGUUCAAAGAUUAUGGAAUCGUUCAAAAACAUGGUGCCCCAAUUUGCUACUGUCAUUCGUGAAGGUGAGAAACUUACCUUACGUGCCGAAGACCUAGUGUUGGGUGAUGUGGUUGAAGUGAAGUUCGGUGAUCGUAUUCCCGCUGAUAUACGCAUCAUUGAGGCGCGCAACUUCAAAGUGGACAACUCAUCGUUAACUGGCGAAUCUGAGCCGCAAUCACGUGGUGCUGAAUUUACACAUGAAAAUCCCUUGGAAACCAAGAACUUGGCUUUCUUCUCCACCAAUGCUGUUGAGGGUACCGCUAAAGGCGUUGUCAUCAGCUGUGGUGAUCACACCGUAAUGGGUCGUAUUGCUGGCUUGGCAUCUGGUUUGGACACUGGCGAGACUCCCAUCGCUAAGGAAAUUCACCAUUUCAUUCACUUGAUUACCGGCGUCGCUGUGUUCCUGGGUGUUACUUUCUUCGUCAUCGCUUUCAUCUUGGGUUACCAUUGGUUGGAUGCUGUCAUCUUCUUGAUUGGUAUUAUUGUAGCGAACGUGCCAGAAGGUCUGCUGGCCACUGUGACUGUGUGUCUAACAUUGACUGCUAAGCGUAUGGCAUCGAAGAAUUGCUUGGUAAAGAAUUUGGAAGCUGUGGAAACUCUGGGCUCCACCUCGACAAUUUGCUCUGAUAAGACCGGCACCCUCACCCAAAAUCGUAUGACCGUCGCCCAUAUGUGGUUCGAUAAUCAAAUCAUCGAGGCCGAUACAACUGAAGAUCAGUCGGGUGUGCAAUACGAUAGAACCAGCCCUGGCUUCAAGGCGCUCUCUCGCAUUGCUACCCUCUGUAAUCGUGCCGAAUUCAAGGGCGGUCAAGAAGGUGUACCAAUUUUGAAGAAGGAAGUCAGCGGUGAUGCCUCAGAGGCUGCACUGCUUAAAUGCAUGGAAUUGGCGCUCGGCGAUGUAAUGAAUAUACGCAAACGUAACCGCAAAAUCGCUGAAAUUCCAUUCAAUUCAACCAACAAAUACCAAGUCUCCAUACAUGAAACUGAAGAUCCAAGUGAUCCACGUUAUUUGCUUGUCAUGAAGGGUGCACCCGAACGUAUCCUAGAGCGUUGUUCGACUAUUUUCAUUAACGGCAAAGAAAAGGUAUUGGAUGAAGAGAUGAAGGAGGCUUUCAAUAAUGCGUACAUGGAACUUGGUGGUUUGGGUGAGCGUGUGCUCGGCUUCUGCGACUUUAUGCUGCCCUCCGAUAAAUACCCCACAGGCUAUAAAUUCAACACUGACGACGUUAACUUCCCUAUUGACAAUUUGCGUUUCGUUGGCCUUAUGUCCAUGAUUGAUCCACCACGUGCUGCUGUACCCGAUGCCGUCGCCAAGUGCCGUUCAGCUGGUAUUAAGGUUAUUAUGGUGACUGGUGAUCAUCCGAUCACUGCCAAGGCCAUUGCUAAAUCGGUGGGUAUCAUUUCGGAGGGCAAUGAAACUGUUGAGGAUAUCGCACAGCGCUUGAACAUCCCUGUCUCGGAAGUUAACCCACGUGAAGCCAAGGCAGCUGUUGUGCAUGGCGCUGAAUUACGUGAUGUUACACCCGAACAGUUGGAUGAAAUUCUGCGCUAUCACACUGAGAUCGUGUUCGCACGUACCUCGCCUCAACAGAAACUGAUCAUUGUGGAGGGUUGUCAACGUAUGGGUGCUAUUGUGGCUGUGACCGGUGAUGGUGUAAAUGAUUCGCCCGCGUUAAAGAAGGCCGAUAUCGGUGUUGCAAUGGGUAUUGCCGGUUCCGAUGUGUCGAAGCAGGCUGCUGACAUGAUUUUGCUCGAUGAUAACUUCGCUUCAAUUGUGACUGGCGUUGAAGAGGGUCGCUUGAUUUUCGAUAACUUGAAGAAAUCCAUUGCCUACACACUCACCUCCAACAUUCCCGAAAUCUCACCAUUCUUGGCUUUCAUCCUUUGCGACAUACCACUGCCACUGGGUACCGUUACCAUUUUGUGCAUCGAUUUGGGAACUGAUAUGGUGCCUGCCAUUUCCUUGGCUUAUGAAGCUGCUGAGGCCGACAUUAUGAAGCGUCCACCACGUGAUCCAUUCAACGACAAAUUAGUCAAUUCAAGAUUGAUUUCGAUGGCCUAUGGUCAAAUUGGUAUGAUCCAAGCUGCUGCCGGUUUCUUCGUGUACUUCGUCAUCAUGGCUGAAAAUGGUUUCUUGCCAAUGACGCUGUUCGGUAUUCGUAAGAUGUGGGACUCAAAGGCUGUCAACGAUUUAACCGAUUCGUAUGGACAAGAAUGGACCUACCGCGAUCGUAAGACACUCGAGUACACUUGCCACACCGCUUUCUUUGUUUCUAUUGUGGUUGUGCAAUGGGCGGAUUUGAUUAUCUGUAAGACACGACGAAACUCCGUCUUCCAGCAGGGCAUGCGAAAUUGGGCAUUGAACUUUGGUUUGGUGUUCGAGACGGUGUUGGCGGCCUUCCUGUCCUACUGCCCCGGCAUGGACAAGGGUCUGCGCAUGUAUCCACUGAAAUUCGUUUGGUGGUUACCAGCCAUUCCAUUUAUGUUGGCUAUUUUCAUCUAUGAUGAAAUUCGUCGAUUCUACUUGCGUCGUAAUCCAGGCGGCUGGUUGGAACAGGAGACGUACUAUUAAGCUGUAUGUUCAGAUACAUAAUAACAACAAAAACAAGAAAGCAACAACACAACAGCGAGCGCAUUUGCAAAUAUACGAGAGUACUAUAACAAAAGCAAAAAUAACAGCAAAAGCGAAAACAACAGAAGCAACAUAUUUGAAUUUUACGAUACGAGUGCGAAGGUGAACGAGCGCGCUGUGGUCGCUCAGGCAGCAGAAAUUAAAUAACAGCAACAACAACGAUAGUAGCAAUAGCAAACGAGAGCCAUUUACUGCAGCUAAAACAGCUAAGGCAAUGUUAAAAGGCAGCAACAACAACAUUAUUUAAUAUGCAUGCAUGCAGCGAAUAUCUUAAGCGACCACCAUCACCACCACCACCACAACAACAACAGCAACAACCAGAAUUAUAUUUUUUUUAAUUUUAAUUAUUUAAUAAAGAAAAAGAUAAUUAUUUUAACGAUUAAGUAAAGUUAAAUUAUAAAUUAAAUAAUGGUAAUAAUACGAAACAAAAUAAAACACAAAAAAAAAAAAACAAACAAAAAAAGUAAAACGAAAACCCAACCACACAUUACCCAAUAAAUAGCAGUUGUUUUUUGUAAGCAAACUUUAAUAAAUUGUCCCUUAAAAAGCAGAAAAAUGGAAGGAAGAUGAUGCGCUAUAACAAAUCGAUUUAAGGUCGUUAGACUAUUGACGUUGAGUGAAAGUUGCCGAAAUCUAAUUGAGUAUGGAAGUUAGUCAGCAGUCGGGAGAAACAAAGCAGAGUUGGAGAUUUGUUGCCAGCAGUUACAACUUUGGCCAUAUUUCUAUAUCCGCUAACGAAUCAAAAAUGUUAGCAAAGACAACUUUAAACAAUUUGAUAGAAAAAAACUUAGUUGAAAAUUUUUCUGAAUUUAAAUAUGUAGGAAAGAUAAGAAAAUGGAUAAAAAAAUAUUUAGAUAAAUACACAAAUAAGACACAAAAACAAGUACUAGAUAAAACUGAAUAAGCAUGAACAUAAAUUUAGCAAAAACAAAAACAAUUAAAUAAAUAAAAGUGGCAUGCAAGUAAGUGUUUAUAUGUACAUAUAUACAUAUAUAUACAUACAUGCAUAUAUCCCUGAUAAUAAUGCAAGCAAACAGGCAGUAAAAGAAAUUUUAUUAAUGCAAUACACUACCACUACCAAACGAAAUGGAAAUCAAACACACCACCUUUGAAGCUAAAAAUUAUGCCCCAACUAACCCAACGCUGUUCUACUAACUUGUAAUAGUAUACAAAGUGAGAAUAAAGCGAUUGCAGCAGCAGAUAUGCGAAUUAGGCUAGUAUUAGUGGUUUUACACACACACAUCUAUCCAACAUACAAGCAUUUUGAAAGCAGGCAGAUAUUGGUCAAACGCUGAAGUAUAGUAUUAUUGGUAUGAAAGCAAGAAAAAAACAAAAAUAAAAUAAUAUACAAAUUUAGGUAAUGUAAUAAGUAGGUGAGUACAUAAAACACACACACACGCAUACAUGCAUUCAUACAAUUGUAUCAAAAAUGGGAAAAAAUAGCUUAAGGCAGGGGGCAGGAAAAGGCUGAGUAGCUGAAAUAGCAGCAACUCUGAGGCUUUGAGGCAGAGUUUUAACGUUAGGCGCCAGCUGCAUAUAGCGCAUGCUUAGACAAAUACAUACUUAUUUACAUUGACAUUUUUGAGAUGAAAAUACAUUAAAUAAAAAACAACAACAUAUAAACUGCCAUUGCUCCCUUGUGCGCAGCACAAACUCAUCUAAAGUUUCACCCACACACACACACGCACACACACAAAUGUAUGAAUCAAACAUGCACGUCACUUAGAAACAAACCAAUUUUGCUAAACUUAGCAAGAAACUUACACUGUUGUUCAUGAAAUACUAGAAAACACAGUUACAUCCACAUCUACAUACAUCGACGUAAGCUUUUCCUACAGAAGCUGAUUUUUCAAAUGUUUUGUCCCAUUUUCGAACACACACAAACCCCCUUCUUCUUAACCCCAAAUCCACGCAGCAUUAAUCGUUUUACUUGCUAGCGGCAAGCUUCGGACAGCAACGCGUUUAUUGUUGAUUGUUGUUUUUGUGAUUUCCUAAUUCCCUCUGCGUUGUUUGUCCUGUUGUAGUUAUCCUAAUUUUUUAAGCAACUAAUGAAGAAACAAAAAUAAAAUGACAAAUGCGAGUAAACUAAAGCAAAGGUAAAAAGAAGAAAAAGUGAAAAGAGAAGUAAAAUAAUUGAUUUGUUAAUCUAUUUGCCUUUUUAUUGAGAAAUUAGAAUUUAUAAUUAAAGUAUAAAAUUGUGUGAAAAUAUAAAUACAAGUGAAGGUAAAAAAAAUAUAAAAGCAAAAAGUUAUUAUUCGUUAGACAAAAUGAAAAUACAAAGAAAGCAAACAAAAACACAAAAACAAAAAAAAGGAAAAUAAAAAUAAAAAAUGUGUAGCCAAUAACAUAAAUAUAAAAUGAAAUUAUUUAGUGCAUGUCUUUCGCUCUUAAAUGACGCUUCACAACAGCUGCACGCACACCCACACACACUUGCGCAGUGUGGGAACCUUAACGAGACCUUUUGGUCUACGUUUGGUUUCCGCAAGCUGUGCAUAGAGUAGCUGCCGGACAUGCGUGCAUAUGAUUUCUGAUAAAUGCAAAUAAAUUUAAUAAAAUGAAAUAAAAUUUAUUCAUAAAUAAAAUAAAAUGCAGAUAAAAACAAUUGAAAGUAUAAGAGUAAUGCAUAAUUCACACUAUAUAACAGCAAGCAGUAAGAAAAUAUUUCGUAAAAGUGUUCAUAUAUAAAGAAAACCAAAAUGUAUAAGAAAACCAAACAUUUAAAUAUUUAAAAACAAAUUACAAAAAAAAAAGAAAAAUUCAUGAAAACUAUUUUAUUUUUUCGUUUUUGCUAAAAAUUAACACUCUGUUAGCCGUACAAUAAGUAAUAAAAUAAUAUAUUUUCCAACGCGUUGUUUGUGUGGCUAAUUCUUAGUUCAAAUUAAAUAAAAAAUAUUUCUUAAAACUAUUAUAUACAUUUGAUUUUAGCUGAGUUCAAAUAAUACACAACAAGCAAAAAAAAAAAAAUGCAAACAAUUUAAAGUACCAAAUUUGUGCUUAUAGCAUUGAGCGCGCACCUUCAGCCACUUCCACAAUCGCCUUAGCAUACUUUGCGGCUAACAAGCAAGGCAAUCUGCUGCCACAUAUUCUAUAACACAUCCAAAUUCACACGCACACUUCUUGCCAUGUGCGCGUUUGUGCUCUUGUGCACGCAUAACCAUGGCCUUCUUGUGGAUGCGCGCAGUUUUGAAAGAGUGCGAUGUGCCUCCUUAUCGAAUCGAAUCGAAUUGAAAAAUUCAAACAAUGCAAACAAAAUUUGUAAUUAACUACUGCUAAAACUCUUUUAAAACUACAUUAUGGUUAAAUUUUUUUGAUAUAAGGUUUCGUUUAUAGUAGUUUUCGUUGGUUUAUUGUAUCGCCCUCCGCUGUAAAUGUAUUUGUAGAUUUAAUUAAAAUUUAAAAUUAAUACAAACAAAAAACAAGCAUAUAAAAAUAAUAAAACACACAACAGAAACA